AUGAAUAAUUUUUCGAAUUUUUUUAUUUUAAUGCUCUACUUUUUAUUAUUUAUUUUAUGCUCGUCAACGAAAAGUGGCAAGUUAAUUAACGUCACUUACAUAAAUGAUAACAAUUUAAAGAGUGAAUUAGAUGAUUUUCAAUAUAUAUAUAUAAACGAUAGUGAUGAUUAUUAUAAAAUAAAAAGUUCCAAUAUAGGAGAAAUUAAACUAAAAGAUGAAAUAUACUUUUAUAAGAGUUACACAAAAGUAAUUAACUAUUUUAAAUAUGGUAUACCAGUUAACGUACAUUUUAUUUUUGAAUAUAAUGAUGGUGAUUUAAUUUUAUUAAAUAGUGAUAAAAAAGGAGUUAUAUGUAAAAUUAGCGACUUAUAUUAUAGUGAAGCUGGUGUAAAAUAUUUAGAUAAAGGAAAUGAGUUAUAUGUAAAAAAUGAAACAUUUAAUAUAAAAAGUCAUUCUAAUUAUAAUAAUGAUAAAAUAAACAGUGUAGCCUUAUGUGAAAUAAAAAAUGACACCUUUUUACCAACUAAAUACUUGUGUUAUCCAUCAUUUAAUAUAGGAUUGAAUGCUACUUUUAUAAAAAAUGAAGAAUUUAAAAUUCUAUUAGAAUUACUAAAUUCAUACAUGAAUGAGGACAAUUCUUAUUUACUUAAGAAAACAUCGGAUUAUUUUAAAAACUUAUUUAAAGUUGACUUGGAGAAUAUUAACUUUGUGUAUUACAUUUUUAAUAAAACAAUACUUUGCAAUUUACAAAAUUUUUUACCAAGUAAUAUAAAAGAUUACGAAAAAGAUGAAGAAAUACAACAUAAAUUACAAUUAUAUAAUGAUGAAUAUAUUUCUAAUAAUAAUAGUUAUAUGUUCAAUAAUAUGUCAGAUUAUAAAAAAAUAGAUGAUAAGUUUAUUAUAUGGAGGCAUAAAAAUAAAAAUUUAAUUGAAAAAAAUUUGGAAAAAUGCAAUACAUUUUUUUUCAAUCAAAGUGAAUAUAUAUAUAACUACAAAAAUCUACAGAAUGUUUAUGAAGGCUCAUUAUAUAAGAAUAUAAAUUUACUAAAAAGUACAUAUUUACCGGAAAUAAAAAGGAUUUCUUCUAUUAAAGAAUACACUGCAUUUUUUUAUAACAAUAAUAAUUAUGUUGUAAUAUUAAAAAAUUAUGAGCUCCAUUUAUAUUUUCAAUUAAAAAACAUAGUAGAUAUAGUAUUAUUCCAAGAUGGUUAUCACGAAUUAAGUUUUUACUAUAUCAGCUUGGAUAUCGAUAAGAAAGUAAUGUAUUUAUAUAGAUGCAAUUUAAAUUCGGAUGGUGUAAAUUGUGAAGAAAUAUCUUUUAUUCCUUAUGAGAAUAAUAUGCAGGAAUCAGCUAUUUAUUUAUCUACUGUUCAAAUAAAGGAUAUUUCAGCUGUUUUUAUUAGCACAAAAACGAAGAUAUGGAAGAUAUAUAAAAAUAAAAACAAUGUAUAUAAAAGAAGAAUAAUAGAUUCUAUAAAAAAUGUUGAUAUGGAAUAUUAUGGUCAUAUAAAUUGUUAUAUAGUGGAAAUAGUUUAUCAGAAAAAACUGUUUUAUAAAUACAUUAGUAGUAAACCUAAAAAUGUAGAAAAAAUAAGUGGUUGUUCAUACUUAAAGCAUUUCACAAAUAUUGAAAAUUCGUUACUUAUAUCAUUUAUAGAAAAUAAGCAUUUUAUACAACACACAUACCAUAUAGUAAAAGAUAAGAAGUUCGUUAUUUCAUCAGGAACUACAAAUUUAACAAUAAAAGUAAAUGAAAUAUCAGAUUUAAUCAUGAUACUCAUUAUGAUUCUUUGUUUACUUUUAACUAUUUGUGCAGUUCUUAAAAUUAUAUCAUUUAGUAAAGCAAAAUUAGGAAAAAUGAAGCAUUAUAUUUUUGAUGACGAUGCUAGAACUUGUGCAUCAUCUGUGGGGAAAUGA